GGCCUCUUUGCUUGCAGCUGGUCCGAUGGACUUUGCUGGCAGCCCCGCUGUCCUGGUGCUGCAGUUGCGGUGAGGGUAGAAGGCAAGGGCUGGAGACCUUGCUUUGGAUCAGUGAAUUCCGGCAAUCCAGAAUGCGGUUCAGUCUUAUUUAAAUUACCUAAUUCUAAAAUAUCAACCUUGUUGUGUGCAGCAGCUUCACCUGUGAUGUAUGUAGAGCACAUUUGCAUAAAGCCGCCGUCCAUCGCCAUGUGCAAGUUGCUGACACAGGGACUCCUGCAGUCCUGGAGCAGCCGUGCAGCCUCCCCAUGGUUACCAAACCACUUUGUCCACAGCCAGAAUCCAAAAGCAAUUACAUUUCAACAGUGUGUUUGGGACCGUAGCUCUGUGGGCUCAUCUGCAGUACAGUGGUUUUCACGGGUAUGCUGGUGAUCUAACAGCGUGGGCCUUAUGUGGGAACUUCUUUAUAAAAAGGGGUUGGUUUGGAAAGGAAAGAGCGACAACAGUGUGAGGAAAGUCUGUGCGCCCGGGCAGUCUCUUUCUUUCUGUUCAUCAGCUUGGAAUGACGGGAGAAUCCGCGCCUUCGUGCCCGCUACGGGAGAGCCAAUGUACGAGAUCAACAACGCCCAUAACCUGGGAGUGACGGCAAUUGCUGCGACCAGCGACUGCAAACAGAUCAUUAGCGGAGGAGGUGACGGGCAGGUGAGGAUCUGGAAUAUUGGUGAGAAAACCCAGAAGCUGAGGGAAGUUCUGAAGGAGCACAGAGGUGCCGUGUCCUGCAUCAAGACUAAUAAGAAUGACAAAGAGGGUGUCACAGCCAGCCUGGACGGAACGUGCGUCAUCUGGGAUCUUGAGCGUUACGUGAGAAAACAAAUGAUCCUAGACAACACAUUGUUCAAAUGCGUGUGUUACCAUCGCGGAGAGUACCAGAUCAUCACCAGUGGAACAGACAGAAAGAUUGUGUACUGGGAAGUGCUCGAUGGCUCCGCAAUCAGAGAAGUGCAAGGCUCUCUGUCGAGCUCCAUCAACGGGAUGGACAUCACAUCGGACGGGGCGUCCUUUGUCACAGGCGAGUGCGUGGUUGGAGCUGGAGAAAGGAGGUCGUCUUAAGACCAGGAAAAGCAAGGCAGUGAACCAAGGGUCUCAGUACAGUGCGAAAAAGCUGAAAAAAGGGGUCAGCUAAAGGGGAAAAGAACAUGAAUCACCGAAGAAAAAUACUGUGGUUCAGGCUGUAGUUCAGACUGGGAAGAUGCUGCUGUAGCUCACUGGGAUCUGCUGGUGAAGGUCCUGAGCCCUUCACUGGACACUGACCCCAGCAGAACAGAAGCAGUUUUUGCCAUAAUGCCCAA